CGCAGCUGUCACUCACUGACCCGCUUCUUCCAGUUUGCCGGCAAAACUUCAAACCGAGUUUCCCUCCGUCCGGAGCGCAGCCGGGGUCCUCCGCAGCGCCCAUCUGCGUCCUCCGACCGCGUCCCCGCUGGACGUUCCGCCGCAGCCGCUGCUGUCGGGCCCGGAGAAGCGGCCGAGUCGGACUUUAAGCGCCAAAUUGGACGCGCUCCUCCCCGGCGGCUCAUCUGGUUCUGAACGAGGCGCCAGUUUGGAGGAACUAGCCCCGGCCUAGACACACACAGUCACACACACUCACCAUCUACCUCUGGAUCCCAGAUUCACACACACACAGCUGCCUUCUGCUCAUCUGCGGCCUGAUCGGAGUGAACUUCAAGGGCUGAAACUUGAGGUUUGCUCUGACCGUGUCAGCCGCCGAGGAGGAGGAUGAGAGGGAAACGGGAGGAAGACCCCGAAGCGAAGCCGGAGACGCCCCGAGAGCCCCGAGAGCUGAGCGCCCGGCCCAGGAAGAGGAAGGCCGAUGUGGCCACUUAUUUACAGGAUCCCGACGAGGAGGUAGCAGAGAUGACGAGGAAGAAGCAGCGCGAGGGCUGGAGUCCGGACUCCGGCUGCACCAGUCCUCACAGGUGGUUACCCACGCCGGACCAGGAAGAGGAGCAGCCGGCUCCUCCCAUCAGCGGCAGCUUCCCCCACUACAGCUUCAGCAACAUCUUCAGCACCCCGGUGCACUGCGCCCCGCUGCCCGUGCUCUGCUGGGCCAGUAAGGAUGUGGUGUGGAGCAACAUGCUGGAGAAGGAUAAGACGUACAUCAGGGACGUCCACAUGAUGGACAAACACCCGCACCUGCAGCCCAAGAUGAGGGCCGUCCUGCUGGACUGGCUCAUGGAGGUGAGCGAGGUGUACAAGCUGCACCGGGAGACGUACCACCUGGCCCAGGACUACUUCGACCGCUUCAUGGCCACGCAGAGGAACGUCUUCAAGUCCACGCUGCAGCUCAUCGGCAUCACCUGCUUGUUCAUCGCAGCCAAAGUGGAGGAGAUGUAUCCUCCAAAAGUCCACCAGUUCGCCUACGUGACAGACGAAGCGUGCACGGAGGACGAGCUGCUCAGUAUGGAGAUCAUCAUAAUGAAGGAGCUGAACUGGACCCUCAGCCCGCAGACGCCCAUCUCCUGGCUCGGUGUUUACAUGCAGGUGGCCUACCUGAAGGAGGCCGAGGAGCUGCUCAUCCCCAGAUACCCCCAGGCCACCUUCACCCAGAUCGCACAGCUGCUGGAUCUGUGUCUGCUGGACAUGCGCUGCCUGGAGUUCUCGAACGGCGUGCUCGCUGCCUCGGCUCUGUUUCACUUUUCCUCGCUUGAGCUGGUGGAGAGCGUUUCAGCGCUGAAGCGGGCGGAGCUGGAGGAGUGUGUGCGGUGGAUGGAGCCCUUCGCCAUGGCGCUGCGGGAGGCCGGCACGCUGCCCAUGAAGCAGUUCGUUGGGAUCGCGGCGGAGGACAUGCACAACAUCCAGACUCACGCCCCCUACAUGACGUGGCUGGACAAGGCCGACUCGUACCAGAAGGUGGCGCUGCACCGCUGCCCGCUGCCCUCCGGCGUCCUGACUCCGCCUCUCAGCAGCGAGAAGUGCGAGGAGGCGCCCCGGCCGGACGCCGCGGCGCCCGUGAAGCUCCGGCCGAGGAUGCACAGCCCGUCCAGGGAGCGGCGCCUUCCGCUGUAGCAGGACACUGGCUGCGGGGGAGGAGUUUGAACCGUGUUCCUGACGGUGUGAGGCUCCCGUCCUCACGCCGCUGCACACACUGACUGAGGAGAAUCCCUCCAGGAAUACAGACUGUUGAGCCUGGAGGGGCGAACAGGAGCGGAGGAGUUCUGGGGCGACUCCACAGGAGACUUUCUCCGGCUCCAUUUUUAUUUUUGCACCCGAUCGCUGGCGUCAGUUACGCCACACGCCGUGCUCAUCGUCUAUGCAAAGGCUGAGUCCGAUAUGGACGAUAUUUUGUGGAGUCUGGAUUAAUUUAGUACGUGUGUAUGUUUGGUUUUAGUGAUUUUUUUUUUGUUUGUUAGUUUUUUUUUAUUCUAUUAAUGGCCUCAUUUGCCCAACAUCUAUUUCUAGGGUCAGAGUUGGCUCUACAUGCUGCUAUAAAGUGGGCUUUGCAUGAUGGGAAACGUGUGUGUGUGUGUGUGUGUGUGUGUGCGUGUGCGUGUGGGGCUCCACUCCUGCCAUUGCAGUGGAGCGAACUUGCCAGGUUUUGUUCGGGGACCAGUAGCUCGGCUACCUCAACACUCACAGGAGAACCAGCCGGCUUCAGAAGCUAAUCUAUUGAUUGUAUUUAAGGUUUUAUCCUCCAGUCCGAACCGCAGUGUGUCGACUCGCCACCAAACGGAAGAUUUCUAUCAUCUGACUUUUUAAAAUGAAAUGCUGCUAUGUAUUUUCAAUAAAAGUAAAGUUUUUAAGGACUCGUAUCUCCUGGUGUUCCCACACUCCUGGA